AUGCAGAAAAAACGCGUUCAACUAUCAUUUCUUAUACGAAAUGAAAAUGAACGUGUGCAUCGUGGUGGUAUUAAUGCACUUCGUUAUGAUGCAAAAAACGAUCGGCUUUAUACAGCUGGACGUGAUUCAAUUAUUCGAGCGUGGGAUUGUAAACGUUAUGGGUCUGAUAUGUAUGAAUAUUCCAUGGAACAUCAUACAGAUUGGGUAAAUGAUAUUGUUCUUGUUAAUUCCGGCAAGCAUAUACUUUCGGCAUCAAGUGAUGCAACAAUUAAAUUAUGGAACGCGCCAAAAGGAACAUGUAUGUCAACAUUACGAACACAUAAAGAUUUUGUUAAAUGUUUGGCAUAUGCUAAAGACAAAGAACAAGUUGCAAGUGGAGGUUUUGAUAAUAAUAUAUUUCUAUGGGAUGUUAAUGUAUUAACAGCUUUAACUGCUGUAAAUAAUACAGUAACAACUUCAACAUUUACUGGUAAUGAACAUUCCGUGUAUAGUUUAGCGAUGAAUCCAUCUGGUACAGUAUUAGUAAGUGGUUCACCGGAAAAUGUGAUACGUGUUUAUGAUCCCAGAUCAUGUACAUUAUUAAUGAAAUUAAAAGGACAUACAGAUAAUAUUCGCGCAUUAGUUUUAAAUCGAGAUGGAACACAAUGCAUUUCAGCUAGUUCUGAUCAUUCAAUACGUAUAUGGUCACUUGGGCAACAAAGAUGUAUUAGUAAACUUCAUAUACAUUCAGAUGCUGUUUGGACAUUAUGUGUUAAUGAAGCAUUUACAAGACUUUAUUCAAGUGGUCGUGAUAGACGUGUUUAUCUUACUGAUUUAGCAGAUACAUCAAGAAGUGUUUGUGUUUGUCAAGAAGCAGAACCUGUUCUUCGAGUUGAACUUGGUAAAGAACAACAACAAUUAUGGGUUUCAACGACAGAAUCAAAUAUACGUUGCUGGAACUUAAAAGAUAGUCUUACAACAUUAACUCGUACAAGUUAUUAUGAUGGCGAAGUGCUAUGUAAACAACCAGAUAUGAUUAUACAAGGUGGUCCAGCACUUAAACAUUAUCAUAUUUUAUCUGAUAAACGACAUAUUAUAACAAAAGAUUCAAAUAAUAAUGUUGCUCUCUAUGAUGUUUUACAAGCGAAAAUGAUAGAAAAUCUUGGUAAAUGCGAUUACGAGGAAGAAAUACGAAAACGUACCAAAACUAUUUUUGUACCUAAUUGGUUUUGUGUUGAUCUUAAAGUUGGUAUUUUGACAAUAACACUUGAAGAAAGUGAUAUUUUUGCUGCUUGGAUUUCUGUUAAAGAAGUAGUAGACAAUAGUGCAGCUGGAAAUACAACUGAAGUUGUUGAUGUUAAAGAAAAUUAUGGUGUUUUAAUGUUACAUUCACUUUUUGAAUAUUGGCCAAUAGUAAAACAAGCAUUAGAAACAACUGAUGGCUAUGCAGAACGUGUUCAUCUAGACAAUCUUUGCCACAUACCUGGACAUACACCUAUUUUCCUCGGUGAAAUUGGUGGUCGUACACUUUAUCGUUUUCGAUGUAAUGAAGCCAGUGGUGAACCUGAACAAAGUUUUCUACAUGAAGUUUUACCUCAAUUUAUUGUUAAUGUUAUUGUUAAACAUCAAGUUCCUGUAUUAACAAAAAUUCCCUUUAUACUCCAUCAUCAAAUUAGUAGUACAAAAUAUACUAAAAAAGAUCGUUUAUCAGCAAGUGAUAUUAUGAUUGUACGAAAAGUAAUUGAAUAUAUUUAUGAACGAUAUGUGCUUAAUGAACAACAACAGCAGCAACAACAACAGCAACAAUCACAACAACAACAGCAAUCACAACAACAAACUUCAUCUACGGCAACAGCUGGAAAUGGAACAAAUCAACAAGAUGGAAAUGGUGAACAACAACGUGAAUCAGAUAUUAGUAAAAGUGUUGAUCAUAUUGAAUUAUUAUGUCAAGAUCAAGUUUUGGAUUUAUCAAUGGAUUUAAGAACUGUUAAACAUUUUAUGUGGAAAGGAGGUGUCACAGUUGACUUUCCUUAUAAACCUUAUCCAUGUCAAAUAGCAAUGCUUGGACGAAUAAUAAAAGCUUUACAACAAUCAAAAAAUUGUCUUCUUGAAUCACCAACAGGUACUGGUAAAACUUUAACUUUACUAUGUGCAUCAUUAGCUUGGCAACAAAAAGAAAUUGAACAACUUCGAUCAUCUUUAUUGAAUGAAAAUUCAGAUAAUUCAACAGAAUCAACAACAAAACCAACAGCAGUUUCACGUAUAUUUUAUUGUACUCGUACACAUAAACAACUUGAACAAGUAGCUAAACAACUUGGUAAUACAGUAUAUAAAGAUAAAAUUCGUAUGACAUUAUUAUCAUCACGUGAUAAUUAUUGUGUACAUCCAAAUGUAUCUAAAGGACCAAAUAAAAAUCAUGAAUGUGUUAAAAUAACACGACCAAAUCAAGACAAGUUCGCAGCACGAGGUCUUAAAAGUGAAUGUGGUUAUUAUGAACGUUUAAAAGGUAAAGUAGCUAAUGAUUUUAUUCGAUCAUAUUCCAAACCAUUACCACGUGUUUUUGAUAUUGAACAAUUUACUGAUUAUUGUCGAACAUCACAUGGCAUAUGUCCAUAUUAUACAAGUCGUUUGUUAAUACAUGAUGUACAAAUUAUUCUUUGUCCAUAUAAUUAUCUUAUUGAUCCACGUGUACGUAAUUCAAUGCAAAUGACAAUAAAUAAUGCAAUUAUUAUUAUUGAUGAAGCACACAAUAUUGAAGAUUGUGCUCGGGAAUCAAUGAAAUUUGAAAUGAGAAAAUACGAUUUUGAACAAGCAUUACAAGAAAUAUCUAUGAAUCUAAAUGCAUUUGAAAUAGCACAAGUUAAAGUAGCUCAGUUAAUUGUAAAUGAAUCUGGUUUUUCAUCAACACAAGAACCAAUUUCUUUAACACAAUUAACAGUAACACAACAACAAGCAGCACGUCGUGCACCGGGUUAUUCUGAAUUGGAUCAAUUAAAUGAAGAAACUGAUUUACUUGACCAUUUAAGUAUUGAUCAACAUGGAAAUAAACAAGACGAAACAUCUGAUUCAAUGGAACAAUUAAAAUCUGAUGAUCAUGAAGUUGCUAAUGCAUUAAAAUUUCUUGCUGAAAGAUUUUCUCGAAUUAUUUUAUGGUUUGAUACGAAAGAUACACGUGAAAAAUAUACAUUUACACCUAAAGAACUUAUUGAACAAUUUCAUCAGGCAAAAUUUAUUGAUCAAUCACUUAUUAAUGUUCAUAAACCGGCAGCAAAAAAUCAACCAUCCACCAAACAUCAAGUUAUUCAAGAUGCUGCUCGUAUACGAAAAGCAUUAGCGAAAAUUUUUUUAAAUCGACCAGAAUAUAUCAAAUUUUCUGAUGAAACUGGAAAGUUCUUAGAAGAACUUGAUCUCUGUUUAUCGGUUUUAUAUAGUGAUGAUUAUCCAUUUAUUGACGAUUAUAGAAUAACAUUAAAAACAAUCCCAUUUGAACCAAGUGCAAGUAUAAUUUCACAAAUGCAACAACGAUCCGAAAAUUCAACGGAUGUAGAUGAUAAUAAAGGGAUUGAUAUGCGUUCACAAUCAAGUCAAUUUAAACGAUAUCAAUAUACUUUAGCUCAAACAACUUUUCCUAUUCAUACACAACAAUUAACAUUUUAUUGUUUAUCACCAAGUGUUGCAUUUUCUAAAGAUUUAAAAUUAGCUCGAUCUUUAAUCUUUGCAUCCGGCACACUUGCCCCAUUGGCAACUUAUUCCGGCGAAUUAAAAGUUGCCUUUGAUAUUCAAAUGGAAUGUAAUCAUGUUAUUGGUCUAGAUCGUACAUUUAUAACAGCCUUAAGUCAUGGACGAAAUCCCAAUGUAAAACUACGAGCAACGUAUCAAAAUACAGAUAAAUUUGAGUUUCAAGAUGAAUGUGGUCUUGUUGUACUUGAUGUUUGUCAACGUGUUCCUUAUGGUGUACUUUGUUUUGUACCAUCAUAUCGAUUUCUUAAUGCAAUUAUUAAUCGUUGGAUGACAAGUGGACUUUGGCAAAAAUUAAAUGAAUAUAAAUCAGUAUUUUUUGAAGAAAAAAAUAGUGCUAAUUUUCAAAAUACAAUUAAUCGAUUUCGUGAAGCAAAUGGAACACUAAAAAUAGUUAAACCAGUAUCAGCUGUUGCUAAAUGUGUGAAAGAAAUGUUUAAACGAAAACCUACUUCGGCUGAAACAUCAACUACAAAUUCACAAUAUUUCAAUUCAAAAGGUGGUCUUUUAUUAGCUGUGUGUCGUGGACGUGCAUCUGAAGGCAUUGAUUUUUCGGAUAAUAAUGCACGUUGUGUUAUAACACUUGGAAUACCAUAUCCUAAUGUACAAGAUGAAGAAGUUUGUUUUAAACGUAAUUAUAAUAAUGAACAAAAUAAACGUAUGCCACAAAUUAUGAAUGGUAGUGCUUGGUAUGAUUCUCAAGGAUAUCGUGCAUUAAAUCAAGCACUUGGAAGAUGUAUUCGUCAUAAAAAUGAUUGGGGAGCAUUAUUUAUUGUUGAAGAACGAAUUGUUAAUAAUAUGAGUGAUAAACAAUUUAAUAAUAAAAUUUCUUUAUGGAUUAAACAACGUCUUUCUAUUUCACGUAAAUAUGAUGAUACAAUGAAUGCUUUAGAAAAAUUUGUUGAGAAUAUGAAAAAAUCUGAAGAAAUAGAAAUGUAUGAAAAACAACAACAAGAACAAAAUGAAGAAUCUGAAAAAAAAGUAAUUGAUAUUGAACAACAUCAAUUAAAUUCAAAUCUUCCACCAUCAAAUGAAAUACCAAAGAAAAUUGAAGAAACUAAAUCUGCUUAUCGACAAUAUAAAAUUGAUGAUUUAACUGAUGAUGAAAAUGUCAAUGAAAAUAAACCUAAACAAAUAAAAAGCAAAGCUUUUGAAAAAUUUUUUGCUAAACGUCAAUCAUCUAUGGCACCACCACCACCACCACCACCAAUAUCAUCGGAAAACGUUAAUUCAUCGCACAUCGAACAAACAACUAAUCUAACAGAUGAUAAUAAUGAGAAAAUGAAACAAAAUCAUGUUAAACAAAUAAAAAGUAAACCUUGUCGAAUAUUUUUUACACAACGUCCCAUGUCUUCAUCUUCAAUGCCAACAUUAUCUCAAAAAGUCAAUUCAUCUCGAACACAAACAAUGAUUGAUUUAACUGAAGAUGAUGAUAAUGAUGAUUUUAUUCAAUCAACAUCUUCGUAUUUUCCUCGACCAAAUAAAAAAUUUAAAUCGACAUGA